AUGGACCCAAAAACCGCCAGCAACCGUUCCUUCAUCCUCAACAAGCCCCAUGACGUCUCCUUCUCGGACCGGCCGGUGCCCACCCUCAAGGGCCCGCACGACGUCCUCGUCGCCGUGAACUACACCGGCAUCUGCGGCUCGGACGUGCACUACUGGGAGAACGGCGCGAUCGGCCACUUCGUCGUCAAGGACCCCAUGGUCCUGGGCCACGAGUCCGCCGGCACCGUCGUCGACGUCGGGCCCGCCGUCAAGACCCUCCAGAAGGGCGACCGCAUCGCCCUCGAGCCGGGUUACCCGUGCCGGCGCUGCGAGCCCUGCCUCAGCGGACACUACAACCUCUGCCCGGACAUGCAAUUCGCCGCCACGCCGCCCUACGACGGUACCCUGACCGGCUUCUGGGUCUCGCCUUCGGAUUUCUGCUACAAGCUGCCGGAUAACGUGUCUCUGCAGGAAGGAGCGCUAGUCGAGCCCCUCGCCGUCGGCGUCCACAUCGUGCGCCAAGCCGCCGUGACGCCGGGCCAGACCGUCGUAGUAAUGGGCGCAGGCCCCGUCGGACUUCUCUGCGCCGCCGUCGCGCGCGCCUUCGGCGCCUCCAAGGUGGUCUCCGUGGAUAUCGUCGAGUCGAAGCUCGCCUUCGCCAAGACCUUCUACUCGACGCACACGUACAUCAGCCAGCGGAUCCCGGCCGAGCAGAACGCGGCCAACAUCAUCGCGGAAGCGGGUCUCGGCGGCGGCGCCGACGUCGUCAUCGACGCUUCGGGCGCCGAGCCGAGUAUCCAGACUAGUCUGCACGUCGUCCGCAUGGGCGGGACUUACGUCCAGGGCGGCAUGGGCAAGUCCGAUAUCACGUUCCCCAUCAUGGCUAUGUGUCUCAAGGAGGUUACUGCUAAAGGUAGCUUCCGCUACGGCAGCGGCGAUUACAAGCUUGCUGUUGAGCUGGUGGCGUCGGGUAAGAUCGACGUGAAGAAGUUGAUUAGCGGCAUUGUGAGCUUUGAUAAGGCGGAGGAUGCGUUUAAGAAGGUUAAGGAGGGCGAGGUUAUUAAACUGUUGAUCGCGGGGCCGAAUGAGAAGAUUGCUUGA